AUUUUAAUAUUUUUUUUACAUACAUAUGUAACUAAUUUGAAUUUUUUGGGCCUUUUAUACUUUUUUUUUUCUAAAAAUCGAAUCUCUGUUGACAUAAUGGGGAAAAAAGUUUGAGCCCAUGUCCCCUUGCCCCAUGGUGUAAGCCGGUCCUGAUUACGCUUCGUGGAUUUGGACAGCUUAAUCUAGGCAGGUUGUCUCCUUUCUCUUUUGCAGGUUAUAUCUAUCUUAUUUCCAGAUCUUGUCUUUUCUAAAACCCACUUUCUAUCACACAGUGAGUUCGUCAGUGUUAGUCUCGGCGACCCUUCCUUACGGUAUGCUUUCACCUUUAUUCAUGUUUGUGAGAAAAAGUGUUAUUAAUUUCCUUUUGAAUCGACUAAUAUGUCACACUCAAACAGAAACAUUAGCCUAACAUGAUCAAAGAUCAAACUAACCCAUGAACUCCUCGUCACCCCAAGUCCUUAUGUUUUUUGAUCACUCACUAAAACCCUUAUGCUUACACUCAUUCUUUUGAGGUGGUGUUUAACCCAAGGCACGUUUAUCUACUUAUACUAAUAGUUUUUGUGGCUAACUUUAGAUAACUUUCCAAGGAAAAUAUAUUCUUAAUAUCUUCUAUAUGGAAAAUAUAUUCUUAAAUCUUUGAUAAAAAUAGUAUGCCCAUUUUUUAAAAACCUCUCAUUUUUAACCGAUUCAAUUAAAAUCUUAAAUCCGUUUAAACAUAUUUUAUUUCUAAUUUAAUUAAGAAAGAACCGCAUCUACAGAUGAUAAAUAUAAUCAAGAUUGGUCACGAAAAUCACCAAAAAUAAACAAAUUUUAGUUUUUAACAAAAAUCAGGACAAUAACGUCUUAUAACAUAUGGAAAAGAGUAGUUUUCACUUUUCACAAACAAAAAAAAAUGGUGUAUUUCUCUAAAAAUAACAUCUAUAUGUGGGUCAAUCUCUAGUUCCCUAUUAACCAACUAGAUCGAGUUUAGUUUCUCUUAACCAACUAGAUCUAGUUUAGUUUAUGUGAUGUGUCUUGUUUGAAAAAUGCAAUCCGAGGAUGUAAACUGAAAAAAGUCGUUUUCCUUGCCUUUGACCGUAUAUGUCAUUGUGAUGAUGAUAAGUAGGUGCACUGAUCAGAGCCCCUAAUUUCGGCUUCUUUCAUUGCUUCCCUAAAACUGAAGUGAACUCCAUUCCAUCAGCGGAGUAAACUAAGACGACGACAAGGCUUUUGCUGACUUGCAAACUGUUCAUCCGUCUCCGAUCUCGAGACAAUUGGGAACUGCGAUUCUCUAUUUGCCGUUUCGUGCGCUCUAUCUCUAGAUCUCCUCUGGAGCUGAGAUUUGCAAAUUCAAUGCUUGUUUGUUUGGUAUGGGUGAUUCAACGAUGAUUUUAGACGAGACGAAUCGAAAGAAUCUCAUCUUCCUCAUCUUACAGUUCCUUCACGAAGAGGGCUAUGAGAAAAGCUUACACUUACUGGAGCAGGAUUCAGGGGCUUUCUUUGAUUAUAGCUACUUUUCUGGUUUUAUCACCAAUGGUAAGUGGAAAGACGCGGAGGACUACCUUUCAGCAUUCACUAGUCCCCAUACUAAUACAUUCUCAAGGAAGAUGUUCUUUGACUUGUACAAGUGCAAGUUUUCUGAAGCACCUGAUAGCUGUGUUCUGCAGAAGUGGUGGCUCUGAAUCUGCGAACAUUUUCUCCAACGAUCUGAGACGGAUUCCUGUUUUCAAAGAUGAUGGCUUUGAGGAUUUGGUUGAGGUGAUUGCUGUAGACGAUUUAAGAAUUCCUGAGAAAACUGGGAGCGUGGACAAAGCAUUGGUUAGAGCUAGUUUGUGUGUUGAUCUCCGCAAACUAGCAGAAAGCAAUCCUUCUUUAUGUGUCAAACUUGUUUUUCCGAAUUUGAAUAAAUCUGCACUGCUGUCCCUUGUCUCCCUCAUUUGUCCUAAUUCUAAUGUGAGAAUGGGAGGUUCCAAGGAAGAUCUCAUUCGCUUAAUCCUUCAAUUUCUCCAUGAAGCAAAGUACAAGAACACUUUGCAUAGAUUUGAGCAAGAAACAAAAGUCUUCUUCAACGUAAAUUAUCUGGCUGAAGUGAUGAAGCUGGGUGAAAUGGGAAAGGCUGAAGAAUACCUGGCAGCUUUUACAGACAAACACGCUAAUAUAUACUCAAAGGCCAUGUUUCUUGAACUUCAGAAGCUGAAAUGGGAGGCUACUACCCCAUCUGGAUCUCUUGAUAACACGUCGCAAAAGACAAAAUUACUUGCGUCUGUUGGCAUGCUAGCCAAGAAGAAUCCAGCACUGAAAGAUAAACUCAGCUUUCCUAAGAUGGCAAAAUCAAGACUCUUAACACUGAUGAAGCAGACUAUGGACUGGUGGAGACCUCAUUCAUGCAGCAAUUCUAAGUCUCUGGAAGAUAUCCCAGUAGUACCGUACCUUUGUAGCGAACCAUCCUCUUUAAAAAACGAAUUGAACAGAACGAAGGUUGGUAACUGCAAACUUAAGGAAAUCAAUCAUCCAUCCGAGUGCAGUUCACUGGUUCUUCCUAAUUAUUGGUCAGGUGAAAGGAUUGCAUGCUUGACAUAUUCCCCUUGUGGAGAUUACAUUCUGGCUUUGGCAGAUGACGCCACACAUAAACUCUGGACGUGGUCGACUGGCCAAAAUGAAUUCUGCAAGCAUACUCCUCGAGUAUUGAAGGAAGAUGUAUUUCCGAAGCCACGAUUACACCAACCCAUGAGUGGGAAAACUAUGAAAAACGAAAUAGCCACCUCUGUUGAGGAUUCAACGUCUUGCUUUGCGAUCAAGGGCUCCUAUCUUUUCUCUACUUCAGGAGGAAAAAUAGCUGUUUUUGAUUUGAAGAGUUUUGAGAGGGUAGCUUCUUUUGGAAGUCCUAUUAAACCUACGGCUACGUACUUUAUAUUUAUUCCUGUUGAUUUACUUGCCGUUGGGCUUGAUGAUGGCUCUAUCCUCAUCCAUUGCUUAUCCUCAAGAAAGAUCAAAGAAAAGUUGGACGGCCAUGAUCAGAGAAUAACUUGCUUAGCAUUUUCGUGCUGUUUUAAUGUCCUCGUCUCAUCAGGAGCAGAUGGAAAGCUCUGUGUUUGGAGCACAAAAAGAUGGCUAAAGCUAACAAGUAUUGACUCUAUUCAAAACUUUUGCACCCGGCGUAACAAUGUGUCCUCUCUGGUAACGCAAAUCCAGUUUGACCCGUAUCAAAUCGAGCUACUCGUUGUCCAAGAUAAGUGGAUAAGUAGACACGCAGCUCCAACUCUAGAUUGCCUUAGGCAGUGGGUUCCUGAUGAAUCUGAAGCUGCAAUUACUUCUGCUACAUAUUCUUCUGAUGGUGAGAUCAUCUGUGUUGGCUUUAGAAGCGAGUCUAUAAAAAUUCUCGACUCCAUGACAUUUCUGAUAAAAUGUCGAAUCAAUCUCACUGCUUUUACUCAACCCAUCCCUAGCAACAUCAGGGUCAAGGUUUAUCCGGCUGUUGUAGCCGCUCAUCCAUCACAUCCGAGCCAGAUCUCUGUUGGGUUAAGUAACGGUAAGGUCAUCAUUCUUCAGCCCUUGGGGAGAGGAGGAUGGGGUGAAGCAGAUGCACUUGAAGACGAUGGAGAUAAUUCUGAUGGCUUAGAGCAUUGUUACUGACCGAUGACCACAUAGACUGCCUUAAGUGUUUUUUUGUAUGUCCAUCUGCCUGGUGCGUUUUACUGUUCUUUUUGGAUGUAUUCUGUGUAGGGUAAUUCGUAAUUAAUAGAUGCGUCUUUUGUGUAUUAUUCAUCGUAAAGCAUCUAUCAAAAAGCUUCCAAAUUAAUAUUUUCUGAUGAAGAAGAUUAGUGCUGGUAAAUUUUUUG